ACGUUUGGCGCCUCUUAGACCUGCGGCAGCGGCCAGUGGGUGGUGAGAAGAGAGCGGGCACCGGGGGUUGUUUUGCCGAAUUGAAGAGAAAUCGGCGGCGUAAACAUUUUUUUUUUCGUAUGUGUAACAACUCAGAUAGCGCCGAGCCUGUUGAAGUCAAGUCACGGCACUGCCGGAGUGAAAGGUUUUGUCUUUGUGAGCUAACUACUCGCCAGCUAUCGCGCUAACCCCCUGCUAGCUAGCAAGCUAAUCGGCAACACAAAGGACGACUUUGCUGGUUUGUGAGCCGGCGCGGUCUCGAAUGACGACGGAGCCUCCGACGCAGGCAAGGUCCAUCAUGGUGCUGACUGGGAAGCGUUCAGAGAAAGGUCCGGGGCGCUGGAAGAGGAGAGUCAAGUCUGAGUACAUGAGGCUGCGCCAGCUCAAGCGUUUCAGGCGGGCCGACGAAGUCAAGAGCAUGUUCAACACCAACCGCCAGAAAAUCCUGGAGCGCACCGACAUCUUGAACCAGGAGUGGAAGACCCGCCGCAUCCAGCCGGUCCACAUCAUGACGUCUGUGAGCUCGCUCAGAGGCACGCGGGAGUGCACAGUGGACAGCGGCUUCUCCGAGUUCCCGCGUCAAGUCAUCCCCCUGAAGACCCUGAACGCAGUGGCCUCCAUCCCUGUCAUGUACUCGUGGUCGCCGCUGCAGCAGAACUUCAUGGUAGAAGAUGAGACGGUGCUCUAUAACAUUCCAUACAUGGGAGACGAGAUCCUGGACCAGGAUGGCACCUUCAUUGAAGAGCUCAUUAAGAACUACGAUGGCAAAGUCCACGGAGACAGAGAAUGCGGCUUCAUCAACGACGAGAUCUUCGUGGAGUUGGUGAGCUCGCUGGCGCAGUACAGCGACAACGAGGACGAGGAGGAAGAAGAGCCCGACUUCAAGAUGGAGAUGUGCGAUGGCAAGGAGCACCUGGAGGACGCACACCACAUCAACGAGAACCAUACAAACGAUUGCAGCAGGAGGUUUCCCUCUGACAAGAUCUUUGAAGCCAUCUCAGCCAUGUUCCCCGACAAAGGUUCUACUGAAGAGCUGAAAGAGAAGUACAAGGAGCUGACACAGCAGCAGCUUCCUGGCGCCUUGCCUCCAGAGUGCACGCCCAACAUCGACGGGCCCAACGCUCGCUCCGUGCAGCGCGAGCAGAGCCUGCACUCCUUCCACACGCUCUUCUGCAGGCGUUGCUUCAAAUACGACUGCUUCCUGCAUCGUGAGUCUUUCCACGCCACUCCCAACACGUACAAGCGUAAGAACCUGGAAAACCUGGUGGACAGCAAGCCUUGUGGCGAGGACUGCUACAUGUACCUGCUGCAGGAGGGGAUGGCGAGUGAGUAUCCUGCGGGGGGAGCCGGCGAGCGUGCCAAGACGCCCUCCAAGCGUACGACGGGGCGGCGCCGUGGACGACUUCCUAACAGCAACAGCCGCCCCGGCACACCCACUGUUUCCUCAGAGGCGAAGGACACGGACAGCGAGCGAGAAGGCAGCAAAGAUGACGAGGAAGACAAGAAGGACGACAACAGCAGCAGCUCAGAAGGAAACUCGCGCUGUCAGACGCCCGUCAAGAUGAAACUUACCGCCGAGACGCUGGAGUGGAGCGGCGCCGAGGCCUCGCUGUUCCGCGUCCUCAUCGGCACGUAUUACGACAACUACUGCGCCAUCGCGCGCCUCAUCAGCACCAAGAGCUGCCGACAGGUGUACGAGUUCCGGGUAAAAGAGUCCAGCAUCAUCGCCCGCGCCCCGGCCGAAGACGAGGACACGCCCCCCAGGAAGAAGAAGAGGAAGCACCGGCUGUGGGCCACUCACUGCAGGAAGAUCCAGCUGAAGAAAGACGGCUCGUCCAAUCACGUUUACAACUACCAGCCGUGUGACCACCCGCGCCAACCCUGCGACUCGUCGUGCCCGUGUGUCACCGCUCAGAACUUUUGCGAGAAGUUCUGCCAGUGCAGCUCAGAGUGUCAGAACCGCUUCCCAGGCUGCCGCUGCAAAGCUCAGUGCAACACCAAGCAGUGUCCGUGCUACUUGGCCGUGAGGGAGUGCGACCCCGACCUCUGCCUCACGUGCGGCGCCGCCGAGCACUGGGACAGCAAGAACGUCUCCUGCAAGAACUGCUCCAUCCAGAGGGGCGCCAAAAAGCACCUGCUGCUCGCUCCGUCCGACGUGGCGGGCUGGGGCAUCUUCAUCAAGGAGCCGGUCCAGAAGAACGAGUUCAUCUCUGAAUACUGCGGCGAGAUCAUCUCUCAGGAUGAGGCGGACCGCAGAGGUAAAGUGUACGACAAGUACAUGUGCAGCUUCCUCUUCAACCUCAACAACGACUUCGUGGUAGACGCCACGCGUAAAGGCAACAAGAUCCGCUUCGCCAACCACUCGGUCAACCCCAACUGCUACGCCAAAGUGAUGAUGGUGAACGGCGACCACCGCAUUGGCAUCUUCGCCAAGAGAGCCAUCCAGACGGGGGAGGAGCUGUUCUUUGACUACAGGUACAGUCAGGCGGACGCUCUCAAGUACGUUGGCAUCGAGCGGGAGGCGGAGAUGGCUUGAUGUCUACUUCACCUGUGAUGGAGCCUUACACACACACACACACUUCAGGAGAACAAGACAUGUUAGCAACAUUUCAGGAACAAUCUUUUAGUCUUCUGGAGUGUCUUUUCAGAAAGUUUUGGUCUGAGCCCAAAGAACAAUAAUUUUUUUUUUUUGCUGUGAGAUAAAUCAUCUCGAUUCAACUUCAGGGACCAAAUUCACCAGCAGCAGGCUUCUUUUUUUAAAACUGACAACUUGUUCACAGGCUGGCUUGUUUCUAGAAAACCAUCUGUACUUUGGAAACCAUUAACCAAUCAGCCACAAACUUUUUUUUUUUACUUCUGGUGCUGAAGACUUUCUGAAACUCAGCCAAAAAUGUUUAAUAUUCAUCUGCUGUCUUCUUGUCGAAAGGCAAAACGUUUGCAACUAUAAAAGGAUUUGAUUGACAAAGCUGGCUGUGCCUUCAAUCAAAUGUCUUAUCACCUCCAUGACGUCACUGCCAGCAAGGACUUGUUUGGCCACCAGGGGUGCUAAAGUCGAUAUUGUGGCGAGAUGACACACCUUUGAAGCAUGCUCACCUCGACUUUUGAUGUGAUUUCCUGCUGUAACAUAAAAGCAUCCAGUAUCUGAUUGUUGACGUGCAGCGUGCCACCUGCAGGUUUGAUCACAUUCCUGAGGAGUGACGUCACAAGCAGCUGCCAGUGGCGCUUGUGUAACAGAUCAUGUUUACAAAGAAAAAGGUGCUGAUUUUGCUCAGCGAUUGGCUGACGACAAGGCAAGGAGAGCCAAUCAGCAGCAAGCACUCAGGCUCCACUUAGGACUUUUUUAAUUCUGCAAAAAAAAAAAAAAAGAUACAUUUCCCACUUUAGUGGAAGGUGCUGACUUGUUAGUCACAGGGAUUUUCUUUCAAUAAAUUCUACAAAACGUC